GACUUUUGCCACCGACGCCAGCGCCACUGCCCGGACAUGAUCAUUAUUUUAUACAUUUAGUUAAUUACCUAUUUUAUUUGGAUUGUCAUACAUUAAUUAUUUACUUUAAUUACUUAAUUCGAUUAAUGAAAAUAUAAGUAAUAAUAUUAGCUCGGGUUACAAUUAAAAAUAUAAUAUGGGCCAUUGUUAUGAUUCAAAAAGUAAGUAAGGUGGGGUUGAUAUCUGAUUGGUGUUAAAAAAAACUGUCCGUAACCGUCAUUCCAUUUUGAGCACAAUAACAAGGUGUUACUCUGUAAAAAUAGAUCCAUUUGUACAUUUGUUAAGAGUAUUAUUUGGCCAUCUUCGACCCACUGUUCGUAACAUUUCAGAAGUGGGAUUCGAAUCUAAAAUGUCCGGCCCAUAUAUUAACGGAUUGGGACGGCGGAAGCGAAAAUAUUCUAAAUUAAAAACUACGACCUCGGAAGAAGAAGUUCGCCACCAGCAAACAGAAGACGAAAACAGUGAAAUUUUUUUUUCAUCGGAUGAUCCCGACACAUUCCCGACGUGCAAAAGGCGCCGAGUUACACCUACGGAUGCUGAACUGAUACCAAAGUUCCAACCUGACUUGAAAAACAGUAACGUGGCCGGAUGGAUACAUAAAAUUGAUCAGCUUGGUGAUAUUUAUGGAUGGAAUCACAAAGAUCGACAAUUUAUUAUGCAAAUACGGCUUCGUGGCUCAGCAAGGGACUGGUAUGACGACUUGGAUGAUUACGAUCUUACAUGGAAAGAGUGGAAGAACGCCCUACAAACUGCGUUUCCUAGAUCUACGGACUACGUGGACAAGUUAGAACAAAUGUUGGCACGAGUGAAAGAAGACAAAGAAACAAUGACCAAGUACUACCACGAAAAGUUAUCUCUGCUGAAAAAAUGUAAUAUAACCGGAGAAGAUGCCAUUUCAUGUAUAAUUCGUGGAUUACCUGCUGAAUUAAGGAUUAAUGCUAAGGCGUACAAUUGUGGAACACCAGAACAACUCUAUUAUGGAUACUUAUCAUCAUUAGAAAACUACAAGCGAGUCGCUGCAGCUUAUACAGCGCAGAAGUCUACAUGGAGGAGAGGAAACACUUUGUCACCGAGCACAACGUCAGCACAACAACAGCUUCAACCGAAGAUCUGCUACGCGUGCCGGCGAGCUGGGCACGAGGCGCGCGAUUGCUGGCAGCAGCAGCGCUGCGAGAUCUGCCGCCGCUCUGGGCACACCACCGCCAACUGUUGGCACGCUCCGGGCUCUUCGCGACAACAACAUAAGCAGGGCCCCGGCAAUGGUCCGCAGAGCAGCAGUGGAGGCCGCGGGAGCCGGCCUAUGCAGGAUGGCCGAAUGUUACCGACUUUUGCCACCGACGCCAGCGCCACUGCCCGGACAUGAUCAUUAUUUUAUACAUUUAGUUAAUUACCUAUUUUAUUUGGAUUGUCAUACAUUAAUUAUUUACUUUAAUUACUUAAUUCGAUUAAUGAAAAUAUAAGUAAUAAUAUUAGCUCGGGUUACAAUUAAAAAUAUAAUAUGGGCCAUUGUUAUGAUUCAAAAAGUAAGUAAGGUGGGGUUGAUAUCUGAUUGGUGUUAAAAAAAACUGUCCGUAACCGUCAUUCCAUUUUGAGCACAAUAACAAGGUGUUACUCUGUAAAAAUAGAUCCAUUUGUACAUUUGUUAAGAGUAUUAUUUGGCCAUCUUCGACCCACUGUUCGUAA